UCAGCUGUUCACACGGGCACAGGUCGGACACGGAGGCUCACCCACGGUUCACAGAGGGACCGACACACACUGCUCGCUCCUUGUUAAGUUGACAUAUUCUCACAUUUACUCUGUGAAGAAAUGCCUCAAUGCAGGUGCACAACAGGAAGCAGAUUAGUGCUUCAUUCAGGAGUUUCCUCCGUCCCUGAACACCACACGCAAGAUGUUCUGAUCAUCGUCCUUUAAUGAACAAAGACCAACCUGCACAAAGCAAUAGAACCAGUAAUCCUCCAAGAUGGCUCUCACUUCGCUCUAUGGUACUGAGGAGCCAGGAACCGGCAUGGUUGAUGUGAACAUAUGUACGCUUGAGAUUAAUAUCAAGUAUGAGAUCAUCUCAUCCCUCGUCUGCUCUGUUUGCCUUUCGUUCGGCCUCAUCUUCACCUUUUUCGGAUUCCGCUUCUUCAAGAUGGUCAUGUUCAUUUCCGGCUUCAUGUUUGGCGCGACGGCCGUUCCCUUGCUGCACCACAGUGAGCCCCUGCUGGACGCCCGGCUCAGGUCAGAGACCAGGGCCGGGAUCAGCCUGGCCGUGGGUGUCCUCUGCGGCCUGAUGACCACGCUGGUGUCCACGCUAGGACUCCUCCUCAGCGGGCUGCAACUGGGGGGCCUGCUGUCUCUCGCCACCCUGGUGGUCGUCGGGCAGCUUCACGGCCUCGGCCCGGCGUGGGCGCCUCUGGUCGCUGUGGCUCUGGCUGCCAGCCUCUUCGCGGCUCUCCUCUCUCUCCGGUGGCAGAAGCUGUUCACCGUCAUCUACACAUCUGUGCUUGGAGCCGGCACCGUGACGCUCUGCGUGGAUUAUCUCGUGGGGACGUUCACGCUGCCAGAUCAGGUGUAUGACCUGUUUUGCCAAGUUGCCCCGAGUCCACUCUGCCGGUUUGACUGGGUGAUCGUGGGGAUCUGGCCCCUUUUGGGUCUGGCAGGUGUGUUGGUGCAGCGGGGGUUUACUGCCAAAGGAGCAUCACACAAAGAUGCCGCACACAAAAAAUACAAGAGAAAUAUUAAGAACCACAGAUAUAGAGAGUCAAGGAGAAGAUAUCAUCGUCGGUGUAGGCCUCCCCCGCUGAAACGCUACGCCGGGGACGUCCUGGCACCGAGUUACCUCCAGAGCCUUCAGGAGCGCCGGAUGGAGACGGGUUCCUCCACCAGCAGCGGCAGCACCAUCACACAUACUCUAAUUGACUUUGACUUUGAGACGGGCUCGAUGGUGUCUCUGACUGCUGCCUCGCCCGUCUACACAGUCUGAAAGGAAGCGGCAGAUGUUUGUAACACAACUCCUUUGUAACACUGAUUAAUCCAUUGCAUUUAAUUCAGGAUUUUAUGAGUGCUAGUGUGAAUCCACUUAAAUCAUCAACAUGCAGACUGUCACUGUGUUUACAGUUGGUACGGCAAAAAGAAUUCACCUAUGCGUCUGAAAAAUGGGGACUGUUUAGAAAAACAGCCGAUAAACUAGAGAUUCUCUAGGAAUUGGACACGUUAAUGAAUGCUGUUUUGGUGUUAAAAAAAACAAACAACAAACAACAAAACAGCCACUGUGGACCAAAAAUGGCAAUUAGUCUACUAGAUGGCUAUAAAAGUCGUAUUUUAGCAAACUUUAUCCAGCACUAUCUCUGAGAGCGGUCCUAUAUUAAAUUACAGAAUAUGAUAAUACAAAAUCCUUUUGAGUGUUUCUGAAUGUUACAUCUCAAGAUCCGUCACUGUCGUGGCUUAUGUGCUAUCUAAAAUAUAAUAACAUCAUGCUUGAUUAACAGUGGGAAAGUAAAUCACUGAGGCAACCUGUAGACACUGUGGCAACGGUCCAAAGGAUAUUUACCUAACUAUGAUAUAAUGAACCAUAUCAAAAAGUCCAGUAAGUUACAUUACAUCUGGUAAUAGAUAGAUCUCGUUAUAACUUGGGUCAGAGAUUGUUUUCUCAGGGCAUUACAAGUGGUUAUGGAAAGAUUUGGCUCAUUAUUGAGAGGCUACAAACAUUCCUUAAACUCCCAAUAGUAUUCUCGUAGUAUAACACCUGGCAGUUAUCUCCAUGCAUACGCAAAUAAAUGUCAGAAUAACUAUCUGCGGGGAAAAUAAGGAUAGAUUCCAAGAUUUCACCCGUUAAAAAUAACUUAACUUAACUUAGAACCAAAUAUUCACAUUUUUGAUUAAUAAUGAGCUGAAUCUGUAAUGAAAAACUAUCAGAGCUCAUCUAUCUUUGAAUGCUUCUAAAACAAUCUUCUUAUAUGGAACCUUAUGUAGUCCGACUGGUUGUUCUCUUCAAAAGUAGUGUUGAGUAUAUAUGAAUAUAUAUAGAACAAGACAAAUAAUUACAUAUGCUUAAGAAGUAGUAAUAAUAUAAGAUUGUAUUUAUUUGUAAGCUUUAGUAGCUUGAUUUUCACAUGUCAAACAACUGGGAUACAGAACUAAGCUAUUAUUAAUGUCAAUGUAAACACUCCUGUGGGAUUCCCGCUAAAAGUUCAAAUGUUUGUCGAGAAAUAAGUACUAAUCAAGGUUUAUUAUGUAGUAAUAGUUUCAGCAUUAUUUCAGGAGUACUCCACACUGAAGUGGAGAACAGGUCUUAGCUUGUAUUUAAUUUAUGUAUACGAAAAUAGCUUCCUUUUAACUUAUAAACAAAAAUAGAAAUAUCAGAACAUUAUUAUUAUUGCACAAUUAAUAUUAUUAUCAUAGGUAUAAAUUAUUAUAUGAUUAUUUACUCUGCCACUAAAAACUCAAGGGCGAGUUAUUAAGCAUCUCUCUGUGUUUUUACACUGACUCGUUGUGCCUGUGAAGGUUUCAGCUGAACCGCUGGUGCCCUCUGGUGGUUCAAACCGCAUCCAGUGUCUCAGGAGAGGCCUUCUCCACUGCUCCGUGGUGCUGCUCGGUAUAGGGGGUCUUCAAAUGGGUGUAUACGUGCGUUUGUCCAUGUGAAUGACGUGAUUCACACGUGAAAAGAAACCUUCAACAAAAAGUCGGAAAAAUAAAUUUAGCGUGAUAAUUAAUAAUUACUUUUUUUGCUCUUAUUGAAUUAAAAGGCUGAGCCAAAAUUUUGCAAGAAUGUUGUAGGAAUCCAUUUGAAGAUGGUCAAGUGAAAUUGCAAAAACAACGUUUUUUAAUAUCACAGUAAUAAUGCAUGACGUAACGUAAGCUGAAUGGGACGCCUUUAAACAGGACAGUAAAUAACCUCCAACUAGUCUAACUUGACUUUGUGGGUGCAGCUCUAUGAGGUAAACAACUAACCACACUUCCCUCCAUGAAACAAAAGCUAAUUACGUGUCCUAUUCAAGGGAAAACCAAUGACGCCCUCGUGGAUCACUAGAAAUCACCCUUUGAAUGGAGAGACGAAACGCCUCUUUGAACACAAGGAUAAAGCUCAUAAAGGGGUGGACAGAUGGGAAAGAGAUUCCGAUGUUUAAAACAAUAAAAAAUUCUUAAUUUAACCUUAGAUCGAAAAUAAAACGCUGGACAACCA